CGGGCGUGUCAACAGCUUGUUUUUGUAGUACUGCUUUGCUCAUGAAAUUCGAGGCAUUCACUCAAACUAUACCUUGCCGUGAGAAUCAUUUCACCUGCACGAAACAAUUGGAAUAAUACGAACCUGUUGAGGUGUUUCUUGUAUCUUACAGAAACAUCUCUUUCCAUAAUCUCUGCGUAUUGUUGCGUAUACAUGAAUUUUCAGGUUUUUAGAUUAGAAUGAAGCAAAAUCAGUUCGUCUCCUCUUCAGCGAGGAAGGCUCGUAAGGCUCAUUUCAAUGCCCCUUCUCAUAUUAGGAGGAAAUUGAUGAGUGCUCCUUUAACCAAAGAUUUGCGUAACAAGCAUGGGAUCCGUUCAAUACCGAUCAGAAUAGAUGAUGAGGUCACCGUUACUCGAGGACAUUACAAAGGAAACGCUGGACGCGUAAUGCGUGUUUACCGUAAGAAAUUCGUUAUCCACAUUGAUAAAAUUACUCGUGAAAAAGCAAAUGGUUCUACGGUACAUAUUGGAAUCCAUCCGUCCAAGGUGGCACUGACAAAACUAAAGAUGGAUAAGGAUCGCCGAGCGAUGAUUGAAAGAAAAGCUGCUGGACGAGCACGUAUAACAGGCCUGUUGAAGGGUAAGCAUACCGAUGAAACCAUUUCGGAGGAGAAAAACGUUUAAGAAACUAUUGCAAGUGAUUCGACCUGUCACUGUUCACAGUGGGAAGUCGGAACACUUGCAUAGUUUCUCGUUUUUGGAUAUUUUUCACUGUUUUAUGGAUGUUAUUGUUGCUUAUUACAGCGUUCAGUAAAAUUUCUUAUGUAGCUUAUGAAAGCGAUAUAGCUCCAGUAGUGUUUAUUUUUGUCCGUCGAUCGAUAUAUUAUCAGAUGCGGAUGAUG